AUGGCAACAUUAUUCAUGAUGGACGUUUUCGCUUGAGGUUUUAUUUUCGGCGCUUUACAAAUGAAAGUAUCAGUAAAAUGUUUAUGUAAGCCUAAGUUUUCCACAUUUGUCCUAAAAUAGAAAAUGGUAACGAUUGUUGACGAUUUAGACUCAUUAUCUUUGCAAGAACCAAUCUUUAAGGAUGUCAAGUACUACCUCUCUGGCGAUGUCUCGGAAAGGAUUAUGCAGUUGCUUCAGUCAGGGGGAGCGGAAAACACAAAGUAUUUCUCAGAUUAUGUCACUCAUCUAAUUUGUGGGAAUAAUGCUGUCGAUACGGACGUCGAGGAUGCGCAGGACAUAUACCAAAUUCCUGCAGUGACGGAAAACUGGGUCCUCGCUUGCGUCCGCCUCAAGAAGCUCGCACACCCUAAACCUUACUUCCCCAAUAAGAAUAAGAUAUUCUCAAAUGUUACUGUGACUGUGUGUAAAGUGACUCCAGCCGAUGCUAAAGCGUUGUUCGCACUCAUUACUUAUCAUGGUGGAAGAGUGAAGUUGACCUUGGACACGAGUUGCACUCAUUUGGUCUGUGGUUCUGCCGCUGGAAGGAAGUAUAGUGCUGCCUUGUCUAUUCCUAAAAUAAAAAUUGUUACUCCCGAUUGGGUUAUAGAGAGCAUAUUGGCAAGAAUACAAGCUGCAGCAGACGUGUUCCACCCAAAGCUGCUCGUAGUUCCACAGCCACCGCCUAAGCCAAUGGACCGUAUCAGUGCUAUUACAGGGUUCGAUUUUGAAGAAGGCAUAGCUAAAAACGAAGUACCUACACAAAAUAUGGCAGAAAACAAAGAUGAGACACAAGCGCUACUCGACAAGCUAAAGCAAAGGAUGCCUUGGAAUCAUCCUCCGUCUACUGCAAAUUCAUCAGCAGCAGUAACUUCUAGUGUCAAUUCCAUGGGAUACAGCAAUGCAAUGUCCACAUCCAGUAUUAUAAGUAAAUCAAUUCCUCAAGGCAUAGUCACCCAGAACUUGCAAAUACAAGGCAGUCAAGCCAACACACAAUUCAUUCAGAAACUUGGUCAAAAUUCUGUUGUAACUCAGGCUGGGAUGAAUGUCCAAAGUCAGCAAGUCAAUUUACAACAACAAAACUACAGUCAGCAGAAUCAGCAACAGCAACAACAACAACCGCAUGGCCUCUCCGCUAUACAAAUACAACAACAGAAGUUACUGCAGCAGCAUCAAAUUAAUCAGAGAAUGCAGAUGUUGCAACAAAAGAUUGGCAAUCAACAGAGCCAGCAAGGAUUCGCUCAACCCAAUGUCUCAGCAUCUCAAAUAACGCAAAACAUAAUACAGCAGCACAUUCAGGGCAAUCAACACCACAUACAACAGUCCCAGAACAUUAGUCAAAGCCCAAAUACUUCUAUGAGUUCAGCUCAACAAAUUGAGAACAUUAGUCAAAUGUUAAGUCAAAGUGCUAACAAUUUACAGCAGUCACAGUUAAAUCAGCAAAAUAUGGUGAUGAAGCAAGGUUUGACACUCAGCCAGCAGAGUGCAGUUCAAAAUAUUGCUCAACAACUGGCACAGUCCACUCAGAACCUUCAACAGAGUCUUCAAAAUGCCAAACUGAAUCAAAAUUUAGGCCAAACACAAGUGUUAAAUCAACAACAGCUCAUAAAUUCAGGGCAGCAAAUGUCUUCCCAACAAACUAUGCAACAGCAAACUGUACAGACCCUCACUAAUCAAAGACAAAGUAUCAAUAUGGGUGUUAUAAAUCAGCAAGGACUGGUGACAUCUCAGGCACAGAGCGGACAAGGGCAACUCGGUCAACUAGUGGGUAACACUACCCAACAGUCUGUUAUAGGGCAACAGAUUCAGACUGUGCAGCAAACUAUACAAAACCAACAAGGAAACACUGUGCCAGUGCAGGGCACUUGGCGGCAGCAGAACAUACAAAUGGUGCAAAAUGUUCAAGGGCAGCAUCAGAUAAUAAGAAGCCCGCUUGUACAGUCUCGCAACACGGCCAACCAAGUUAUAUUGCAACAGCAAAUAAUGCAAACUCAGCAGCAAGCUCUGAUCAACAACCAGCAAGCUCAACUCAGUCCGCAACACACUAUCCAACAACCCCAACAAAUUCUCCAGCAAACAAUUGGCAACCAAGGGCAAACAAUCAGCCAGACUCACCAUCAAAUACUAGUCCAGAAGAAUUUACUGAACAGUGGUGGGCAACAACAGAUUGUGCAACCUCAACAAGUUUUAAUAAACCAACAUACUGGCCAACAACAGAUACUUGUGCAUGGCAACCAACAAGUGACUUUGCAGGGUGGGCAACAAAUUGUGUCCCAAAGUCAAAUAGUGCAUCAAGGGGGCCAAAUUGUGAACCAAGGUGGCCAACAAAUAAUUACCCAGGGAGGUCAGCAAGUCUUGUCGCAGGGAGGCCAACAUGUGAUCACACAACAGGGUCAACAGCAUCAAGUUGUAAUUGCCCAAUCAUCUCAGCAAAUAGUGGCCCAGUCAGGCCAACAAUUAAUUGGCCAAAGUGUUGGCCAAACACAGCAAGUGUUGACACAAGUGCCUCAAUCCCCGCAGCCAGGUUCCCAGUUAUCAGGGGGAGGUAUACAGCAAAUAAUUACACACAGUGGUGGGCAACAGAUAGUGUCGCCAGGCGGUCAGCAGAUUGUUCAAGGAGGCCAAAAUGUAUCUUGGCAACAGCAGCAGUAUUUGCAGCAAAGACAACAAAUUGGCCAGCCUGGUGCUGUUGGACCAAGGGUGUCGUGGACGGCGGGCGGCGGCGGGAGGCAGCUCAUCCACCUGGACGCGGAGACGCACGCGCAGCUGCAGCAGAUGGACCCCAAGCAGCGCGCCAUGUUUGUGGCGCAGCUGCAGAAGCGCCGCCAGCUCUCCAUGCAGCGGGCCGCUGCCAUUGCGCAACAGCAGCAAGGCGUAGUGGCGGGGUCUCCGGGCGCGCCGUCCCCGGCGCCGCAGAGCGUGACGUUCAUACGCAGUCAGUUGCCGCCGGGACUGUCGCAGCAACAGCAGGUGCAAUGGCUGCAGCAGCAAGGCGCCAGGGCGGCCACCAUACCCGCGGCGCAGGCCGUGCAAACCCCGCAGUCUCCUGUGGGUGGGGCCGUGGCGGGGACCGUGGGGCAAGUGGGGGCUACAGCGGUGGGCGGGAACGUGGAGACGCCGCUGCAGCAGCUGCAGCGCCAGCAGCAGUACCAGCGGCUGCACCAGCUGCAGGCGCAGCGGGACCACGCCGCGCACCACCACGCUGCUGCCAAACAGGUGUCCCCGGUGACGCAGCACGUGAUCACUCCGCUACAAGAGCAGCAAGUCGACGCGUUACUGGCUCCCACUACGCCUGACCAGCAAGGAGCGGGUGCUUUGUUAGUGAAUCCGAAGACGAAGACAGCGCUCGCCAACAUGCUGUCCAUCCGACUGCAGGGCGCCGCGCCGCCGCCCGACCACGAGCCUUCAGCUGCCGGCACUUUGAGGCUGAUGACGGCGGCGCACGCGGCGGGCGGCGCGGUGCGGGCGCCGGCGCGCCUCGUGCUGGGGCCCGCGCACCAUCCGCACCAGGUGCCCGCACCGGCGGGCAGCGCGGGCGUGGUGGGCAACAAAGUGUACGCGGGCGCGGUGCGGGCGGCGCCCCCGCGCGCGCAGUUCUACGGCCACAACCCCAACCUCAAGCUGCCGCCCGACCUCUUCCUGCUCGGCUGCGUCUUUCACAUUGUGGAGUACCAGCAGUCGGUGGGUGCGGAGCGCGUGUCGCGCUGGACGGAGGCGAUCGUGCGGCGCGGCGGGGAGGUGGAGGGCGGCUACUGCGCGCGCGUCACGCACGUGCUGUGCGAGACGCAGCGGCACGGCGUCGUGAUGCAGGCGCUGCGCGACGCCAAGCGCUGCGUGACGGCGUACUGGGUGGCAGACACGCUGGAGCGGCGCUGCGUGUCGCCGCCGUGGCACGCGCUGCACCUGCCGGCGCUGCACGCGCGCGCCGAGCGGCCCGCGCAGCACCACCGCGCCGCGCUCACCGGCUGGCGGCGCGACGAGCGGCGGCGCCUCGCCUGCUGCCUGCGACAGAUCGGCGCCAAGCUAACGCCGUACAUGAGCCGCGACAACACGGUGCUGAUCUGUCGGCGUGCGGAGGGCCACAAGUACCGGCGCGCGCGCGACUGGGGCGUCCCCUGCGUCAGCGCCGCCUGGCUCACCGACCUGCUGCUGGGCAACAUGACGGCUCUGGCGCAGAUCGAGAAUGCAAAAUAUCAGCAGUUCAACCUGCAACAUCCAUUCCGCAUGGACUACAGCUUGGUUUCGCAUCUCAUGAACGCCUGGAAAAUGCCCAUCAACAUAACGCAAGAGUCUCACGAGCGGGCGAAGCGCAGCGCGGCGGCGGCGGGCGGGCGGCGCGCCAAGCGACCGCGCCUCGAGCCGCCGCCCGCCGCCCUGCAGCCGCCGCCGCAGCCCCCGCCGCUGCACCUCGCGCCGCGCGUGCUCUUCUCCGCCAUACCGCUGCCGGAGCAGAAUCGACUCGCAGCCAUUGUCAGACAACUCGGAGGUCUCAUCGUAACAUCGGCCGCUGAAGCGACGCACCUCGUGAUGGAGAAGCUGGUCCGGACCUGCAAGCUCGUCAGCUGCCUCGUCACCGUCAAGCAUCUCCUCACUCCCGACUGGAUCCUGGAGAGCCAGCGCGCCAACAAGUUCGCCGACGAGGCCAAACACGGCCUCCGCUGCGAGGCCUUCAACAAAACCUACCAGUGCGACGUGGACGAAGUCCUACUCUGCGGCGAACAGAGGAAGAAACUCUUCGAAGGCAUCACCUUCUACCUGACUCCGUGCGUGAAACCUUCGAGGUCCGGCCUCACUGAGAUGAUAGAGCUCUGCGGUGGGAAGGUCGAAAAAAACCGCAGAUCCUACGUCUCCAUCCAAGAGAUGCACAACCAGAAGGCUUUCAGUUAUUUAGUGAUAACCGUACCCAAUGACCUGCAUCUAGUCUACUAUCUGUUGCAGGCCGAGAAGACUUUGAACGUAGUGUGCAGCACAGAGGUGGUCAUGACAGCGAUACUGAGACAGAAACUGCAGAUUGAAGAGUUUCUGGUCAGAAUCGAUUGAAUGUAAAUUCUUUUAGCAGUAUUUUAAACAAUUUAGUGUUGAAUUAUAUGUGUUUGUAAUUUAAUGUUAAAUGUAAUUUUUAAACAAUGAAUUUAUUGAAGAUGAAGUAAAUUUUUUGACGAAAUUCGAAUAUAUUCGAGCAUUAUUUAUAAAGUUAUUUAAAAAAUGAAAUUGUAAUAUUUUACGUUGAUAUUUGAAAAAUGAAUUUUACAAUGAAAUGCCAUUAGUGACAUACAUUCCAUAUCUAUGUAAAGUUUUUUAACUUGCAUUGAUUUCUUAUAAUAAAAGGACAAACAAUCAUGUAGAAAAUUUCACUUAAAAUGUGGCCAAUUUUGCUUUUUGCAGUUUUAAAAAGAAAAUUAAAUCCCAAAUUCAGAGCAAAUUCAACCUUAUGGAUUGAAUCUAAGGUUGAAUUUACAAAUGCGACUACUUGAGUGCCAAGAAGUUGUGUUUGGCACUCAUAGAGUGGGGACGUUUUUGGUCGCUGAUUGUGUAUCCACUUUUUAAUAGGAGAUCGAUGCUUGAAAGAUAUGAAAUUUUUCUUAACAUCUUGAAAUAGAGACAAAUUUUCUGAUGGUAUUUAAUUUUUUUUUUUGAUGGAAACAUUCAUGAGAUAAUACAUGUUUUAAUAUUUAUGCUUGAUCAAUUUUAGCUAUGGUACAUAAAUAUAAAGUGAAAGUAUAUAAAUUAUUUUGUACCUACCUUACUCUUCCACGACUAGUAAAACUUACAUUGACGAUUUAAAAAAAAUAUUAUAUAAAAUGAACUCAAGAAUUGUUAACGGUUCCCGGAAAGGAUUUUUACUUGACACAGAUUUAUUUUUUUUAAUAUACAAAUUGCGGUGUAUGCUUAGGAAAUUUUCAUUUGUAAAUGCAUUUUAUUGUUUUUUUUUUUGUUGAUCAAAUUGCGUCUAGAGAAUCUUGUGUGCGAGAUAUUGCAACUAAUAAAUCCACUUUAAGUAGUUUACUUGUGCCUUAAAACUUUACUUUUUGUUUUAAUUUCGAAUCUCUAGAUGUUUUAUUAAAAACCCUGCAGAUGUAUGUUGAAUAUGUACUUGUAGAGUUUUUCUGUGAAUUAUAAAUGUUAAGACUAAGAGCAAAAAUAUAUUUUUAUUGUAAGGCAAAAUUUCGAAAGUUUUAUAAUUAUUUUAUAAGAAAAAAGAUAUGAAACAGUAACAUGGUUCUAACCAUGACAUUUUAAUGAAAUUAAAUGAAUUUUCAACUUA